GCAGGGCUGGGGCAAGGAAAUGACCACUAGACUUGGAUACACAGGGGUGAAGGUCCUGGACAAGCUGUACAGGGAGCAGCUGAGGUGGAUGCCAGGCUGGGAGUGAGGAAAUGGCCAGUAAAGACAGCUCUGAGAGGGGAUCUGGGUGUGAGAAGAGUGCAGCAGGUCUGUGACAAGAAGCUAUUACAGAGGUGCGGCCGGGGCACUCCUUGUCUAUGACAUCACCAGAUGCCAGAAUGCUGGCGAGCCAGAGUAUCGUCAUCAUCCUAUGUGGGAACAAGAAGGAUCUGGACGCAGACCGUGAAGUCACCUUCCUCGAAGCCUCCAGGUUCGCGCAAGAGAACGAGCUGAUGUUCCUGGAAACAAGCGCACUGACAGGGGAAAACGUAGAAGAGGCUUUCGUGCAGUGCGCAAGGAAAAUACUUAACAAAAUCGAGUCAGGUGAGCUGGACCCAGAAAGAAUGGGCUCUGGCAUCCAGUAUGGAGACGCUGCCCUGAGACAGCUGCGGUCACCACGGCGCACACAGGCUCCGAGUGCACAGGAGUGCGGUUGCUAGGCGUCCAGGGAUGCAGAUUUACUGUGGCAUCUGGGACAUGGCUGCUGGAGCCUGAAGAGCCAGAAGGUUUUUUUCACUGUCGUCUUUUUCCACUCUGCAGAAGUGGAUCUUUGUGAAGAAACAACAAUGCCAGUGGUGGACAUGGUUGAGUAGUCACGUGAUAGAUCUAGUGAAAUGGACAAAACCCCAGACGCAUACACGUAUGUGAAAACUCUGGACAGUAGCCCAGACGUGUCCAUGUGUGUAACAUGUAUAGAAAGCUCCUGUUCACAUCCCCUUCGCCUUCGGUUUAAGUCUUGGCUUUGCUCUGUGCAGAGCCCAGGCAUUUCCAUAGCAUGUACCUGGUGUAUGAGGUGAUAUGAUAGACAUUGCACUAAAUGAAGUUUAAUUUUUUUUAAUCACAGCAACUGAAGUUGGUGAACAUGAGGUGUGUUUUUCUCACUGUGUGGUUAUAUCUAUGACCCAAUGCUCAAGGUCUAUGGUGCCAAUAGCCAGUACACUACUUAUUUCAUUCUGCUUACCACAUCCUACACUGUGCUAUGUGAGCCACACUCAAAAUGCUAGAUCAGAAGUCAUUCACUAACACCCAAAAUAAAAUGAGAAGUGGAGUGUUCCAUGAGCUGUCCACUGUCCUGCUCUCUGUUGGCAUUGAGGCUUCUUCACAAGCUCAGUUCAGGAAUCUCACAUGGAGAGCCUGGUGCUGUGAGCCAUGUGAUCCAUUGGCCCACCCGCCCAGGCCAUGAGUUCCCCUCAGCCUCAGGAGCAGAACCUACUGCCACACUGCCUCCUGUCUGGUCCUCCCCAGAAAGCUCUUUGUCAUUAUGCUUUUUCUGGAGACGUCAUUGCCUCUUUUUAAAUCUUUGUUUUGUCUUCAUUUUAAGAAGACCAGCUAACUCCAGUUCAUGUUCGAAGGAUGCUACUUACUAAGAAAUUUCAGACUGGGAGGAAGCUCAGCGGUAGACUGCUUUGUAUUUCCCAUUCCACCCCCAGCACCAUAAAGAAAAGUUAUCUUUCUCUUACCAGGUGUGGUGGUGCAUGUCUGUAAUCCCAGCACUCAGGAGGCUGAGGCAGGAGGAUCAUGAGGUCAGGGCCUGCCUGACUACUCAAAAACCAUAAAAAAGAAAGAAAGGAAGAGAUUUCUUUGCAGCUUUAGCUGAAUGCUUAAAUGCCUUACUAGUUAUCAAACUGACCAAUUUUUAAUUCACAUAAGGUACAGUGAAUAUAAUGAAUAUCAUAUUGCAAAGAUUGCUCUUAGAUUUUAAAGUGCUGGUACAAAAAUAUAUGUAAUAGAACUUUCUUUAAAGUCAAAAUUCAAGCCUGGUGCCAGCGGCUCUCACAUGUAAUCCUAGCUACUUGGGAGGCUAAGAUUGGAAGGAUCACAGUUCAUGGCUACCCCUGCAAAUAG